AUGUCUGCGAGAUCCAGCAGACCGCGGUCGUCCACAGCUGCCUCGACCCCACCAGAGAGCUCGAAAGCUACUGUGGAGAUCCAGCUACUGCUCGACAACCUCUCCCAGACUCUUCGAACCCGCUCCGACAACACAUAUCCAGAUGUCUCUACUCUCAUAGACCAGUUCCAGUCCAUCCGCCGGUAUCUAAUUGCCUCACCUGAAUCUGGCAGAGCUUGUGACGAUUUCCGGCAUCUCCAUGGCUUCCAGAUCCUCCUCGACAGCCUUCGAGCCUUUUCUGGCUUCUACCAUCCUACCAAGCGAAGUCAAAAAGAUAAGACACAGUUGUUUGGACUUUUGGAGAGCAUAUUAGGAAUACUGGCACAAACAUUUCGAGAGCACUAUGGCAACCAGCGGUACUUCAAGCGGAGAGUGGCGGGAGGCGGCUGGGCAGCCCUUGAACAAGCAAUUGCUAGCAUUGGAAUUGGGGGAAGUGAGUCAGAUCCUUGGAGCGAAGCACAACUUUUGGGGCGCCUACUGUCGUUUGCAUUGGACGACAAAAGACUAGAUGGCCUAUGUCAAACGGUGACUGAGCUGUACCAUGUCGACACUCAAGACCAAAAAGCUUCAAAGAAUCCUGGGGAUGUCACAAACAAAGAUGAAAGGAUCCUGGAAUAUGUGCGCACGAAGCUCGACGAGAUUCUGGGAGAUCAUGCGUUGCUUUAUAAUUCGGACAUUGUACCAACAAUCAUCGACUUUUGGGCCACCGUUCCACGACAGCAAAACUCAUCAGUAAACCCUGCUGCAUUAGUCGUUAUACAGGUAUUAAAGAAGGUCGGGUCUGUUUCCAACCAUAAUCUCAUGUUUCUUCAUGGAACUGGAAUUCUUUCAACACUUCUGCCACUAGCAUUUGAUUCUGAUGUAUUGGGAGCCACCGAAAGAGCAGCCGUGGAGUCUCUUUGUCGAUCCCUCAUAUCUUUGGGGGUUAAUAACCUGAAUGAUGCUCAGUACCUUGUCUGUAGCAAAUCACCCAGAGCGGCAGACUUCUUGCUUCAAAGUAUGAAAGAGUCCCAUGGACCCUCAUACAUCCAAUUCGACCUCUCAUUACAUGGGUUUGCUUCCAUAGAACUUCCAACGCUUGGACGCACAUUCCCACCACCUUCAACAUCGGCAGGAUAUACGUUCACAGCAUGGAUCUGUAUUGACCAAUUUGAUGCCAAAUCUUUCACCACCAUUUUCGGAGCCUUUGAUGUUUCGCAAACCUGCUUCCUCCUUGCAUAUUUUGAUGAGGCACGCAACUUUAUCCUGCAGACCUCGGUGGUUGGCUCGAGACCCAGUGUGAGAUUCAAGUCCACGGUCUUCAAAGAGCGGCGCUGGUACCACAUUGCCAUUGUACAUCGACGUUCGAGAACAUUGACAGCAAGCAAGGCUUCGCUUUAUGUUGAUGGAGAAUUUGCAGAGGAAGUCAAGUGCCAAUAUCCUGCGCCUCCUCCAUCAAAUGCUGUAUCCGACAGCUUCACCUCGUUCACCUCGUCGACCAGCAAACCAAACCCAGUCCAAGGCUUCCUAGGUACCCCAAGGGAUCUGAGCUCGAAGCUUGGGCCUGGCGUUGUCUUUUCCCGCUGGUCGUUGGCUUCGUUCCACCUGUUUGAAGACGUUCUCAGCGAUGAUUUGAUCGCCGUAUACUAUCGACUGGGACCACGAUACAAGGGUAACUUCCAGGACUGUCUCGGCUCCUUCUCGACUUACGAAGCAUCCGCCGCUCUAGGAAUGCGUCAAGACCUUAUGCAUCCAGGAAAAGAAGAGAAUUCUGACAUUCUCAGAGCUAUCAGAGAUAAAGCCGGCAGCAUGGUCCCAGAAAGUCAAAUCAUACUCAGUAUCCUGCCUACAGCAGUACUUCGGGACGACGACCGACACAAGUCUCACGAAUCACAGCUUCUAAGAGGCCUAAAUCAGGCUGCUUCGAGUAACUUGUUCCAGCUGACACAUAACCAUGGAACAUCAAUAGCUAUCAAUGGCGCAGUUGCUUCUGUCAACGAAGCUCUCAUUCGAGCACAUGGAACUACUGUUCUGACCGGCGAUCCUGUCGUAGUUGUUCCGCAGUCUCUUGACGACGCGAUGUGGCGGCUAGGUGGUUUUGCUGGAAUCGCUCUGAAGCUGGUUGAGAAUGCAAAUACCAAGGAUGACAUCGUUCGCGCUGUCGAAACUCUGUUUGAGAGCAUCAAAGGCAGUUGGCGAAACAGUGAAGCUAUGGAACGAGAAAAUGGCUAUGCAAUCCUUGGUGCCCUCAUCCGUGGGAAGGUUGGGGCUGGAAUCGUGGUUUCUUCAAAGCUCGGCCCUGAGCUGUCGCUUAUGGACAGUGACGAUCGAGAGAAGCUUGGCUUCCAACUACUCAGUUUGGUCUUGGACUUUGUGGGCUAUAAUCACCAAAGACCCGAGGACUCAUUCAUCAUCAACCCUCUGGCAUAUCGGAUCCUCCUCGUCGACUUCGACAUGUGGCGGAAGUCUGCUGCAAUUACUCAAAAGCUGUACUAUAAGCAAUUUGUUGUCUUCGGUGUGAACAGCAAAUUUCACCAGUUCAAUUCUCGAAGAUUAUUCCGAAUGAGAAUUGUUAAGAAGUUCUUGGAUGCUCUGAAAGCUGAGACUUUCUCCCAAGAAGUAUUUCCAUCAUUCAUGGAGGCGUUUAAAAGUUUAGUUAUUUGCAACCUUACCUCAGAAAUAUUUCGAUUCCUCGCUCUCUUCAUCACAUACGCAUACCACAAGCCAAUAAGCUCAACAUCUCGCACUCCCAAGACUGCAACUGGAACGCUCCCGGGUCGAUCGGCAUCUACUUCUCAAGGUCCGAAGAGACCAUCGAUCAACACCAUUCUUGACGUGAAAGACAUUGUAUCAUCAACCACUAUGACCAAGCGGCAAAUUGGGAACAAAGUUCUGGAGAUGUACUCAGAUCUGUUAUGUGAGAAGGGCAACACCGCGAACAUUCGGAAGUUUGCCAAAACUGUGACCAAUAAGUGGCUCCUGCAUCUCCUGACCGAGGAUGAUCCAGAAGUGGUCGUACAUGGCACCAAGAUCCUGGCCCGACUUCUCGUCGUUCACGGUUCUGGAUAUGUAACGAAAUUCGCCGGUAAGACGGGAGGGUUCUCGAUCAUGCGAUUCCGUCUACGGAGGUGGUGGGAUCUUCCCACGUUGUGGCCCAUUUGCUUCUGCAUACUGUUCGGUCGUGACGUCGCGGACAUUGAUAUGGAAAGAUCGUUCGAAUUAUUCAGUCUUUUGGAACCUUUUAGCAAUUGCAAAAUCGUGUAUCCUGGGGUGCUGCCAGUUCUCAUGUCCAUGCUCCAACAUGGAUUGAAGGAGGUUAUGCAUCAUCAGGAUGACCCCGACUCACCAUUGACAGAUAGAGGCAAUGGACAAGAUCCGGCAAAGACGACCCUGAGCGUUCCCGCAGGCGCCAAUCGCCGAAGAUCGAUGUCUUUGACGAAAGAGCUUGAAGCACGCCAAACCCACCAGCACAAGAAAGAACGCCUUGGUGGACAAGCUACUGUCCUGCACACAGUCAUCCGCUUCUUUGCAGACCUGCACUCUAAGUCAUCUGACUUUAGAGACUUUGCAAUCUCCUCCGACUAUAUUCGAUACUUGCUUGCAGUCUUGUUUCCGGUAGUUGUCAGUACAGAUGCUGUCAGUCCCGAGACUGAGCUGAACUCUCGCGACUCUGCAUUGACUUUUGAGGGCGACGAUGUCAUGAUUCGACCAAUAUCUCGUGUAUCAACAACACCUACACCAAUAGUGAGAACAUCAUCUGUUGAGACUAUGCUACCCCCGAGUCCGACUGCACCAAGAGCGAAACCCCUGCGGCGAGGCUCAUCAUUCAUUCUGCUGACUUCUCGACCAUCAGAGUUCAGCCCUUCUUCUGCAAGACUCAAUGUCGUGAUGUCUCCGAAGAAGAAACUCACUGCGCAAAAGCUUAGCAAUUCUCUUGUGGAGGAAUUACUCGAGCUGGUCAUCAAUGUUUUCGUUGACCAGAUUAUGGUCAGAAAAGAAUUUCCUGGAUUCGGCUUGUACCUGAAAGUCCCUCCAGGAUUUCAAGAACACCAGGCAUAUUUCGAAUCUUACCUCCUUCGAAAUACGAUCUCACAGUUGAGCAACACCAUCCAGCUUGACCAGAAGUCUCUACGGGAACCGAAGCUUAUCCAGAACAUGGCUCGCUUCGUCUCGCAUAUUGGCGAGGCAGUCUUCGAAGGCUGGUUCUUGAGCGGAGCGGAGCCUCUGCUUGACUUUGCAGGUACUCAGCUUGAUUAUCUACAACGUCCGGAGAUUUCCAAAAUCAAAAGUGUGCGCCUUUGCAGCCAAGCUAUCUCCUCGAUAAAAAGCGUUUUCUUGAGAGUUGUGCUAUUGCGACUGUCUGAACUAGACAAUGCUCAGGUUCCCGAAGAUGAAGCUGUGGCAUUUAUGGACAAACUGCUCUAUUGGCAGACAGUUCUGCUAUCACCCGACGUCGGCGAAGAAAACUUCCUGAAGCUCAUUUGCUACCAGCUGUAUCUGAAGCUCGUUGACUCCAGAGACAGAAUCCGUCUCGCUGCAGCAAAUCUUUGGCGAAUCAUUCUCGUUCAGAAGCCAGAAGAAACAUCGACGAUGUUUCACAAUACCAUGACCAGUGAUCACAGAACUUUGACUUCCGGCUUCAAGAAGCUGAUGGAACAAGAUAACGAGACAUUCUUCAGCUGGGUGGAUGACCAGCGUGUAGAACUGGAUUCUUUGUUCUUAGGUGCAAUGUCUAAGACCUGGGAAGAGUUUGUCAAUACCGAGAAUGAGAAGACUGAGGAUGCGGCAAAGAACCGAGUUUCAAAGCGUCGGGAGAAGCUUAAGCAGUGGCAUGCUGAAGAACUCAAUGACGAAGACAUCAGACUGAGACACGAACUCGCCUCUACACUUUGGAUGAAGAAUAUUUAUGCCUCCGAGCAUCUAAAGCACCAAAGGGCUCAGCAAGACCAACAGGAUAACUUCACAUUCUUGGCCUCAACAUUCUCAAAGAUUGACCAUGAGUUGCAUCGACCAUGUGCAGUCUUUGAGCAUGAAUCCACAACAAAAUGGAAGCUCGAUCGUACAGAGGGACGGAAUCGUAUGCGAUUGCGAAUGCUACCUGACAGGGAAGCACCAGCGUACGAUUACCAGCCCAAACGGAGAGUUACAGAUGUAGCAAAUACACUGAGACUGAAUACCAAAAUCCCACCAGCAUCUGGUAUUCAGACACCCGUCGCAGCUCUCCCGAUCGAAGGCGGCCUGGACGGGCCAAGCGAUCUGUCCAGCGAAGCAAUUGCAAAUGCUCAACAAGAAGCACCCAACGGGUCGCAAGAAAGUGUUAUGCCUGAGGAAGACUUCGAACUCGUAGAUGACCCUAAUGAUCCUGGUGAGGACGAUCAAUACGAGGACAAGAACCGAAAGGUGAUGCGCAGUCUCCAACAAGGCGAUCAAGUGCAACAAGUCUUCAACAUAUCUCGCAUCAUUGGGCUUGAAGCCUGUGAGGGCUUACUGAUCAUCGGCAAGAAUUCUCUGUACCUCAUCGACAACGUCUUUCAACGAUCUGACGGAGAAAUUGUGAAUGUUUCCCAAGCACCUAAAGAGGAGCGGGAUCCGUAUCUGCAAAUGAUCGCUGGCAAGAACACAACCGACAAGCGGGCUCAGCCAGUCAAGGUAGAUCAAACACCAAGAGCGGACCAAGAAGCAAGAAGCUGGAAGUGGAGCGAUGUUCUUAGUAUUUCGAAGCGUCGAUUCCUAUUCCGAGACGUCGCCAUCGAGGUUUUCUUCACUGACGGUCGAAGCUAUCUGCUGACCGCUAUAUCACCGUCGUUCAGAGAUGACUUAUACUCCAAGCUGACCUCAAAAGCUCCACAUACUUCUGGAAGUUCCUCGCUACCUAAUCCUGAAGACGGAUGGCGACUUGAAGCUUUGAAAGUUUCUGAAGAAGCUCCAGCAACAUUUGGAUCAAAGUUUGGGAACAUUUUCAACUCCUCAGCGUGGAACCCAGCUAUGCGAAGAUGGGCCAAGGGAGAAAUUUCCAACUUCCACUACCUGAUGCUGGUCAAUACUAUGGCUGGUCGUACUUUCAAUGAUCUGACCCAGUAUCCUGUCUUUCCCUGGGUACUUGCGGAUUAUACCAGCGAGGAAUUAGAUCUCGACAACCCAGCCACAUUCAGAGAUUUGUCAAAGCCGAUGGGUGCCCAGCACAAUUCUCGUGCUGCUGAGUUCAUUGAGCGAUACAAGACUUUUGCGGAGAUGGGUGAUGCCAACACACCUGCUUUCCAUUACGGGACACAUUACUCAUCUGCGAUGAUCGUUACUUCAUACCUCAUCAGACUUCAGCCAUUCGUUCAGUCAUACUUGCUUCUCCAAGGAGGCAGUUUCGAUCAUCCCGAUCGACUCUUCUACUCUAUUGAGAAGGCAUGGCAGUCUGCUUCAAAGGAGAACAUGACGGAUGUUCGAGAGCUCAUUCCAGAGUUCUUCUAUCUUCCAGAAUUCUUGACGAACAACAAUGGCUACAAUUUUGGAAUGAGACAAGGUAAUGGCGGAGGCAUCGACACGGUCCAGUUACCACCAUGGGCAAAGGGAGAUCCGAAGAUAUUCAUUGCCAAGCACCGAGAGGCUCUGGAGAGUCCUUAUGUGAGCAAAUACUUACAUCAGUGGAUCGACCUUAUCUUUGGCUGCAAACAGCGCGGAGAAGCUGCUAUCGAGAGUGUGAACGUGUUCCACCAUCUGUCGUACCACGGUGCCAAGGACGUCGACAACAUCGUUGAUCCGAUUGAACGGGUUGCUACAAUUGGUAUCAUUCACAACUUCGGACAGACUCCGCAUCAAGUCUUCUCUAAACCUCACCAAGGCCGCGAAGACACUCGAAACAAAGCUAGGCGUCUUGAUACGUCUGCUGAAGCACUCACUCGUCUCCCGUUCCCUCUUCUCGAGUCCCAGGAACGGGUUGCCCAUCUCAUGUACUCAGCCAAGCUCGAUCGUCUACUCUGCGCUACGGCAUUCCGCCUCAACCUCGCUCCUCACUACGACAAGUUCCUAGAGUGGGGCUUUGCAGACAAUAGCAUCCGCUUCCAAUUCAACGAUAGCAGCCGCAAGCCCGCUGGACUGUUUGAAAAUCUCCAUGUGGGCCAGAUAUCAGCCUGUAUCUUCGCCUCGUCUCAACUCCUCAUUACCGCUGGCGAGGACUGUGUCAUUUCUGCGCAUACCGUCAUAACCUCCCCUUCAAAGCCCGUUGACUUAACUCCGCGCGCUUCUCUCUUUGGGCACAAAAAACCCGUCAACGUCCUCGCAGUCUCUAAAUCCUUCUCUACUCUACUCUCCGCUUCCCAAGACGGGACAGUCAUCCUCUGGGAUCUCAACCGUCUGGAGUUCGUUCGCAAACUUCCCAACACGAGUAGUCGCGGUCCUGUAGAAUGCGCGCGCAUCAACGAUGUGACCGGCGAUGUCAUGCUCUGCCGCGGGCAGAAAGUCACGCUCUACACCCUCAACGGCGAUUUCCUCCUCGAGCAAAACGUCUGCGAAGCACACGAUGACUAUAUCGCCUCUUGCGCAUGGUACGAAGGCACAGGCAACGAAUGGGUAGAACAUUCUCUAUGUUUCACCGGCCAGAGAGGCGGUAUCGUAAAUGUCUGGCGUAAAGGCAUAUCUCGAGCUGGUAAAUGGCGGUUAGAGCACGUCAAGAGACUUGAGCAUGGCGAUAAACGUGGCGCGAGGGGUGAGACGGCUGUGGGGAGUUUGAGUGUGCCGGGUGGAGGAAAGGGGAGUGCGAGGAGUAGAUCUAGGAGCUCGGUUAGUGGAAAUACGGACGUGGCGAUUACGUGUGUGAAACCGAUGGCGCAGUGUGUGUAUACGGGGGAUGAGGAGGGGAGAGUUUAUGAAUGGGAUCUCGUGCAAAGAGAACGCUGA